UCUCUGGGUGACCUGUCCCUGACAGGGAUGGUGGCACUGCCACUGACAGGCCUGUCCCCACUGCCUCUGUCUCUGGGUGACCUGUCCCUGACAGGGAUGGUGGCACUGCCACUGACAGGCCUGUCCCCACUGCCUCUGUCUCUGGGUGACCUGUCCCUGACAGGGAUGGUGGCACUGCCACUGACAGGCCUGUCCCCACUGCCUCUGUCUCUGGGUGACCUGUCCCUGACAGGGAUGGUGGCACUGCCACUCACAGGCCUGUCCCCAGGGGUGGCACUACCCUUGGGUGUACUGUCCUUUGCAGGGAUAGUGGCACUGCCAGGGACUGGCCUGUCCCCAGUGGUGGCACUGCCAGUCACUGGCCUGUCCCCACUGCCACCGGCCUGGGGUGACCUGUCCCCAGCGGGGACAUUGCCACUGCUCCUGCCUGGCCUGUCCCUCCUGGAGUAGGUGUACUUAACUCGGACACUGGCACUGCCCAUGACGGGCUCGUCCCCGACAGGGAUGGUGGCACUGUCACCAGCUGGGCUGUCCCCAGUGCUGGCACUGCCCGUGGACGAGCUGUCCUUGAGCGGGACAGUGGCACUGCCACCAGCUGGGCUGUCCUUGAUGGGAAUGGUGGCACUGCCACUGACUGGCCUGUCCCCAGAGGUGGCACUGUCACUGACUGGUUUGUCCCUGACAGGGACAGUGGCACUGGCCCUGGAUGGACCAGCCUUGACAGGGACAGUGGCACUGCCACCAGCUGGGCUGUCCCUGACAGGGAUGGUGGCACUUCUAGUGACUGGCCUGUCCCCAGUAGCACCACUGGCCCGGGGUGAGCUGUCCCUGACAGGGGUGGUGACACUGCCACCAGCCAUGGGGACAGUGGCACUCCUGGUGACAGGCCUGUCCCCACUUGUGCCCCUGGCCCUGGGUGAGCUGUCCUUGAUAGGGACGGUGGCACUGCCACUGACAGGCCUGUCCCCAACAGUGCCACUGCCCUGGGAUGGACUGGCCUUGACAGGGACACUGCCACUGCUGCCAGCCCUGGGGACAGUGGCACUCCUGGUGACAGGCCUGUCCCCAGUGCUGGCACUGCCAGUCACAGGCUUGUCCCUGGAAGGGACAGUGGCACUGCCACCAGCUGGGCUGUCCCUGACAGGGACAGUAGCACUUCUAGUGACUGGCCUGUCCCCAGUAGUGCCACUGGCCCUGGAGGGGCUGUCCCUGACAGGGACGGUGACACUGCCACCAGCCAUGGGGACAGUGGCGCUCCUGGUGACCGGCCUGUCCCCAGUAGUGACACUGGCCUUGGAUGUGCUGUCCUUGACAGGGACGGUGGCACUGCCACCAGCUGGGAUGUCCCUGAUGGGAAUGGUGGCACUCCUGGUGACAGGCCUGUCCCCAGUGCUGGCACUGUCCUGGGAUGUGCUGUCCCGAAUGGGAACAGCGGCACUGCCACCAGCUGAGCUGUCUCUGAUGGGGACAGUGGCACUCCUGGUGACAGGCCUGUCCCCAAUAGUGCCACUGCCCUGGGAUGGACUGUCCCUGACAGGAACAGUGCCACUGCCACCAGCUGGGCUGUCCCUGACUGGGACAGUGGCACUGCCACCAGCUGGGCUGUCCUUGAUGGCAAUGGUGGCACUCCUGGUGACAGGCCUGUCCCCAACAGUGCCACUGAUCUGGGGUGAGCUGUCCCUGGCAGAGCUGGUGGCACUGCCACUUCCUGGUCUGUCCCCAGUGUCACUGACCCUGGCUGGGCUGUCCACAACGGGGGUGGUGGCAGUGCCAGUGACCAGUUUGUCCCCAGUGUCACUGGACAUGGGUGAGCUGUCCUUGACAGGGACAGUGGCACUGCCACCAGCAAGGACGCUGGCACUGCCACUGACCAGGCUGUCCCUAGUGGGGACAGGACAGUGGCACUGCCACUAA